AUGCGGGGGCGGCGCGGUGCGGAGGACGCCGCGCAGCUGCCCCCUCGGCGCGCCCGCGCCCCGCGCCCCGCGCCCCGGCCGGCGGCCCCCGACGGCGCCCGGGCCGCCGCGCGCCUGAGCCUCGCCUGCGCGCUGCUGCUGCUGCUGCUCACGCUGCCGGCCCGCGUGGACACGUCCUGGUGGUACAUCGGGGCGCUGGGAGCCCGAGUGAUCUGUGACAAUAUCCCUGGUCUGGUGAGCCGGCAGCGGCAGCUGUGCCAGCGUUACCCAGACAUCAUGCGCUCGGUGGGCGAGGGUGCCCGAGAGUGGAUCCGAGAGUGUCAGCACCAGUUCCGCCACCACCGCUGGAACUGCACCACCGUGGACCGGGACCACACCGUCUUUGGCCGUGUCAUGCUCAGAAGCAGCCGGGAGGCAGCGUUCGUGUAUGCCAUCUCGUCCGCAGGGGUAGUUCAUGCUAUCACCCGCGCCUGUAGCCAGGGGGAGCUGAGUGUGUGCAGCUGCGACCCCUAUACCCGCGGCCGACACCAUGACCAGCGUGGGGACUUUGACUGGGGUGGCUGCAGCGACAACAUACACUAUGGCGUUCGCUUUGCCAAGGCCUUCGUGGAUGCCAAGGAGAAGAGGCUCAAGGACGCCCGGGCCCUCAUGAACUUACACAACAACCGCUGUGGCCGCACGGCCGUGCGGCGCUUUCUGAAGCUGGAGUGUAAGUGCCACGGCGUGAGCGGCUCCUGCACGCUGCGCACCUGCUGGCGAGCGCUCUCGGACUUCCGCCGCACCGGGGACUACCUGCGGCGGCGCUACGACGGGGCAGUGCAGGUGACGGCGACCCAGGAUGGCGCCAACUUCACCGCAGCCCGCCAAGGCUACCGCCGCGCCACCCGGACCGACCUGGUCUACUUCGACAACUCCCCAGACUACUGUGUCUUGGACAAGGCUGCAGGUUCCUUAGGCACUGCAGGCCGUGUCUGCAGCAAGACAUCUAAAGGGACAGACGGCUGUGAAAUCAUGUGCUGUGGCCGAGGGUAUGACACAACUCGAGUCACCCGUGUCACCCAGUGUGAGUGCAAAUUCCACUGGUGCUGCGCUGUGCGGUGCAAGGAGUGCAGAAACACCGUGGACAUCCACACCUGCAAGGCCCCCAAGAAGGCAGAGUGGCUGGACCAGACCUGA